AUGAACUGCGCGGCCGUUGAAGAGAGCAGUUCAGACUUGACUGGGGAGGAUCAUAAAGACCCCGAGACGCGCUCAGCCGCUGAAUCUCAGGAGUACCCUACUGGUUUGGAGUUCCGGCUCAUUGUCCUCCUCACUUUAAGUGCUUUGGUUGCUCUUGGAGGUCUGGACACCAAUAUUUUCAUCUUCGGCGAGCUAUACAAGCUAUUCUCAAUCAAGCGUAUAUCCUUGCUCGCUCAGUUUAUCUUCUUGGUGGGUUCCUUGCUCUCCGUCACAGCCACGAGAUCAUCUAUGCUUGUUCUUGAGAGAGCUGUGACCGGAGCAAGCUUUGCGGGUAUUAUUGGGGUGGGUGGGGGUGGUUUUCACCAUUCUCGUUCAUAUCCUACCUCUCCUAUUAUUGAAAGUGCGGCUAUUCUUGCCGCGCCUAUCGUUGGCGGACUUUUGACUCAGAAGCUUGGUCGGCGGUGUUGUGAUGACAAUAUUUUCUUAUUCUCGGACCCAAAACCCAGCGACACGAGCAUUACUUUCCGGCAGAAACUAGUUGAACUUGACCCACUGAGUCACCAGGUCGUCACCCCAGCGCUGACCGGUCUCUUUAUCGCAUUUUCCUGGGCCGGCACGAAGUACCCCUGGGAUGACGGUAAAGUGAUUCGCCCUCUCGUCACCUUUGCCAUCCUCAUCGUCGCAUUUCUAUACAACCAACGUCGGCGAGGUGAUGCCGCUGCUUUAUCACCCCGUAUUCUAAAGAGCUGCAACGUCAUCACCAGCGCGAUCUUCACAAUUUUUGUACGCGAGUACUCUCCCAGUAAAAGCGACUAUAUGAUAGUCCCAAUAGUGAUUGGCGCUACUAUUAGAAUGCUCCUUUGUGGAUCGGGAACCAGCACAACGGGCUACUAUACGCCAUUCAUGCUCUUUUCUUCUACGUUGAUACCUACCUUUGCGGGCCUUAUUACAACUUUUGGAGUCAAUACAAGCUUUAUACGACUUCUCCUGUAUCCUGGCGCAUUCGGCUUCGCGAGCGGAAUAGGCUUCAAUGCACCUAUCAGCGCUGUACAAACUGUACUGCCUAAGGUUGAUGUCCCGCUGGGCCCUGUCAAUUGUGGUCUUGCACAACACUUUGGCCCCGCAGUGUUCGUUGCCAUAGCUCAGGAUAUUUUUACGAGUGGACUCUUGACUAACCUAGCCCGAGUAGUCCCGGGCCUGGAUCCUGCAACUAUUGAGUCCGACGGGCUGCCUGAAAUCAUUCUUGGUGAUGUUGGUAGAAUUUGUGGUGAAACGUCGCGGUAUCUAGCCGUUGGACUGACAUGUGUGACGUUGGUUGGGAGCAUGCUCGUGGAGUGA